AUGGAUGGGCUCCAACCUUGGCUUUCGCUGUCUAUCUUUGCUGGUGGCCAGCGUCUAUUCACAUUCUCUACCAGGGACAAAUGGUUUAAGGUCCGGGACUUGACGUACGCAUCGCUCAUCCAGACGAUCCCCGCUGAUGGCUUCAAUUUUGGUAUGGAUCUAAUUUCGGGAACUGGAUCCAAUAUUGCCUACUUCUGCUCUGAUCAUAAGACCACCAGAUUGCUGGACCUGGCGGGCGGGCAUCACCAAGUGUUGGAUGGUCCGAAACAAGCGUUCGAGCUUCGUGGCAUCUAUGGUUCUGAAGCACCACCUGUGUAA